AUGGCAAAAGACUUUAACCAGCCUGCCCCGGAGCGGUUGCUUAUUAUACCGAAAGAAAGUCAGCGCCAUCCUAUUUCUUGGCAACCUUUACGCGAUUUUGAACACCGAGCUCAGCAUUAUUCUGCGAGAGGCCUGUCGCAGAAGCUUGAUUUGGCUAGUCAAGUUUUGUUUGUUGCCUGCCUACUCAAUGGGUACGGAAUUCCAACAAACGACGGAAAGGUUCUUGAGCUGCUACUCAAGGUUGCCGUUGACGGAUUCUUUAUUCUACAAGCAUAUGCUUACCGAAUCUUUCGUGCUUGUUCGAGACAUAUCCCUUUUGAUGUACCAGUACUCAGCUUCUUGACUAGACAAUCUCUUCAGGGGUCGCGCAUGGUGCUGGAGGAUCUUCACGAGCUGGAUUCCGUAAAAGCGACCAAACUACGUGAAACUGUGAGAUCCAAGACUGGCGGUGGGGUGGGAGCUGGUUGGUUUUUGAAUGAUCAAUGGCUGGGUGAGGAGCUCGAUAUUGAAUUGAUUUGUCGGGGCAAGUUUUCUACUAUGAGUCUAGGCUCAAAAUCGAAAUUGGCAGAUGCUGUCUUGAAUGUGAGAGGAGACAACAUCAUCCACCUUGCAGCUGCGACUGUCCAUCCGAAUCUUUUCAUGGCUUUAGUUACGAGAUUCCAUUUGGACGUUAAUAAAACUAACAAGGAGGGAGAAACGGCUCUACUUUGCGCAUGCCGCUCCGAUCACCCUAAUGUGGUCUUAUUUCUGCUGGGAAAUGGUGCUAAAGCUACUAUACAGGCUUCUAAUGAGGAAAGCCCUCUUCACUGGCUUAUCUCCUUUGGUGAAAGAAUCGAUACCAAAGCCUUAAGGAGAGACCUUAUUGAGAGGAGUGAGGCAAACGUAAAUGUUUUCACAACUCGUCGUAUGAUAAGAGAACAAAAGACUGGGUAA